GCAGGCUGAAACCGGAAGUCUGUUAGUUUCGCGUUGGAAAAAAGUUCUCAUGCUUGUUUUCAUGCCAGUUUAGAAAGAAAAAAAACUUGUCAGUUGUUUGUCGACUCUCGUGAGGUUGUGUUUGAGGAAGCUGCAGGAGACACUUCACCGGGAAACAGCUGCCACCGCUACGAGAAGGGACUAGUACCUCCAGAAGGAUGAGGGGUGAACCAGGUCCAGUUCAGAUCGUCACAGUGUCUAAGGACGACCACUCGUUUGCGUUGGACACAAAGGCUCUGGCUGAGGUUCUGUUGGCUCCAGAGGUGCGAGACAAACAUGUGGUGGUGCUGUCGGUGGCCGGAGCCUUCAGGAAGGGAAAGAGCUUCCUGCUGGACUUCAUGAUCCGUUACAUGUACAGGAAGGGGGACGAGAACUGGCUGGGUGAGGAUGAUGAGCCACUGACUGGAUUCUCCUGGAGAGGUGGAUCAGAACCAGAGACGACAGGCAUCCAGCUGUGGAGUGAAGUUUUCCUCAUCCCAAAGAGCGACGGCACAGAGGUGGCAGUGCUGUUGAUGGACACUCAGGGAGCCUUCGAUGAUCAGUCCACAGUGAAGGACUGUGCCACCAUCUUUGCCCUCAGCACCAUGACCAGCUCAGUACAGAUCUACAACCUGUCACAGAACAUUCAAGAGGACGACCUGCAACAGCUACAGCUGUUCACGGAGUAUGGUCGUCUUGCUUUGGAUGAAAUCUUCCAGAAACCCUUUCAGUCACUGAUGUUUCUUAUCAGGGACUGGAGUUUUCCCUAUGAAUACACCUACGGGUUUAAAGGAGGCCACGAGUUCCUCGAUAAACGUUUGCAGGUUAAGGAGGCCCAACACGAGGAGCUGCAAACAGUGAGGGAUCACAUACAUUCAUGCUUCACCAAAAUUUCCUGCUUCCUGUUGCCUCACCCUGGGUUGAAGGUCGCCACCAGCCCCUCAUUUGAGGGACAACUUCGCGAUGUGGCGCCAGAGUUCCGAGAUCAGCUGAAGAGUCUGAUUCCUAAACUGCUGAAUCCAGAUCAUCUGGCUGAGAAAGAGAUAAACGGAAACAAGGUCACCUGCAUGGGCCUGCUCGAGUUCUUCAAGGCUUAUAUCAAGAUUUACCAGGGUGAAGAUUUACCACAGCCAAAGACGAUGCUCAUGGCUACAGCAGAGGCCAACAACCUGGCAGCUGUAGCCACAGCCAAAGAGCAGUAUUACAAGAGCAUGGAGAAGGUGUGUGGGGGAGACCUGCCCUAUGUGGCUCCUGAGUCUCUGGAGGAAAAGCAUGUGUUUAACUCCCGAGAGGCUCUUCACUCCUUCUCAUCCACUAAGAAAAUGGGCGGACAGGAGUUCUGCGAUCAAUACCAGACACAGCUGGAAAGGGAGCUGGGGGAGAUGUGGCAGUCUUACUGCAAACACAAUGAGUCAAAAAAUCUCUUCAGUGCCUUCCGGACGCCUGCAGUGCUGUUUGUCUUGGUGUGCCUCCUCUACGUGGUGUCGGGUGUGCUUCUCUUUGUUGGCCUGUCUACCAUCGCUUUGGUGUGUGACUGUACUCUGGGCGUGGUCAUGAUGUCCAUGCUGACGUGGGCCUUCAUCCGCUACUCUGGUCGGUACCGGCAUGUGGGCGGAGCCAUCGACCAGGCUGCAGGUGUCGUUCUGGAGCAGGCGACCGUGGUGAUGAACAAGUCGAGGGGGGUGAUUCCUGUCGACACGAAGAAAUCCAGUUAGAGGACCUGUGCAUCCUCAUAAUCUCGAUGCAACACAACAUAAGCACACAUUCAGCAGUAAAGCCUUAUCACGCCACCCACUGUAACAAACAUGCAGCUAAAACACAUUGGCACAGGGUUCAAAUAUGAUGCCAAUACACCAGCAUCUCUAUUAUGCAGAAUUGCUCAUAGAAAGGUGACUGGAUUCACUGAGGGGGUCAAUGUUCCAGUUUCCUAACAGACGAGUCAAUGUUUACUUAAAAAAACUAAAGAAAAACACUUAUUUCAGCUGAACACAUCUGAUAUGUGGUUCAGAGCGGCCGAGACGUCUCACACAUGCACAUUAACAGAAAACACGAACGCAAAAGUGACAGCACAACUACAAAAGCCACACAAUGGAAACACAAUCACAACAAAAGUGAACGAAGCAGAGUUAGUUUGGUCAAGUCAUGGAUGUACGAGUCAAGCGAGCUGUCGUUUGUGAAAACGCAGACAAGUCAGUUGCCACUUACAACGCGAUGCUUAUAUACAACUCAAAUAAGAAGCGUCACAUUUUAAGGGGUGGCUGGCUUGACCGGGUUUUCACACACGACACCUUAAAUGACCACAACAACAAAAAAGAUUUAACACAGAAAGUUACUCUGCUUGUUUCAUCGUCAACAUGUCGGUAGUGUUUCCGUCAGGUGGCUCAUGUAUUCUUGUUUCCUGUUAAAGCGCUUGCGUGAGACCUCUCAGCCACCGUAGUCGUCAGGGUGCUUCUUAAACAAAGCUUUUGCAGUUUAUCUUUAAAUAAGAAUCUUUAAAAAUGCUGGCUUUGAAGCUUCUACAUUUAUACAUAAUUUUUUUUCUCGCUAUAUAUUUUUUUCUCUUAUUGGCCUUAAGACAUUCCAUUCAGUUUGUAGAGUUGCAGCUUGUUUGAUAGAAAUUAGCGCUUAGAGACGUGGUGAACUGUCGCUACUUAGAGAGGAAAGAGGAUACGCACUUUGUAUUUAGCACAGCAGAUUUUGAGAGCUGCAUGUUUUGGGGAAUUCAGUUUGAGUGCUUUGCUGUUUCCUCUUAGACGGAAACAUGAUGCACUUUGUGGAUUUUGAUACUAUAUUCUAGACUCUACUUUUAAGAUACUUUAUAGGAGCUAAUAUUCUGCAAAACAAAAUAAAUAGGACAUUAAUGUAAUACUCAAAGGUGUUGAUCGCCCAAUUCAACCAGUCAGCCAAAGAAAGGAGAGCUUUAAAUGUUUAAAUAAAAAUACUCGGGCCUCAAACGUCAGGAUUCAUGAGCUUAAACAUACUUUAAGGUGUAAACUAGGGACUUGCAUUAGUUCAAAGAUGUAGAAAUUGCACUGAUUACAAUGAACACGGUUGAAAAACACUUACAAGUGUUGAACAUUCAUGGAACAAAUAACUAGCAGAAUAUUAAAAUAGACCAAAACCUAAACAAGCAGCGGAGCAUUACAGAGACUGUUUGGCUUUUUGUACAUGCACCUCAGUUUUCAAUAAAUAUCAGCACUUUGAUGGAUAAGGAUCAAAUCUGUUUUCAAAAAUCCUCAACACACAGUCCUGUUUGUAUGUUUGCUUUUCAAAACUCUCUCCUUAGCGGCCUGUGCCAUCAGCUCCAGUGUGACAAAACACUGUGAUGUAUAAAGUUCACAUCGUUGAUCUGGCCUCAGGUAAAUUGGAUAUUUCAACUAUUUCUAAACUUUUUCAGUCUAAAACUUGUUUUCAGUAAAAGAAAAAAAACUACGACACAGGCGAUCAGUCCAGGCAGAUGCAAUCGCACACUCAGGUCAAAGCUCUGCUUCAAAUGGCUGACGUGAAAUGUUACACAUCAUUUAUUCAAAGCAUAUUACAGGAGAGGAAAAAGAAUAUAAAAGAGUAUGGGAUGACUUUGUUUCUGAGUUAGUUGUUUACAUGUAGCCUUAUAACUAAUCAGUCAAAACGCAGUCGUGCAGAGAAUUAAGAAGGUCGACUGCUCAGUGGAUUUAUAACUUUUCCAUUAUGAGGCCAAACAGCGUCUCAGGCCAACUCAGAAUGAGUCAGGCAUCGGAUUAAAGGACUCUGAUUCUUGGUAAUUAUGCCCAACAUCUCUAAAUAGAAUAAAACGUAGGGAAUCAGGAAUAUUUUAGGAUUGGAAAAGUGGAAUUGACGUCUCUUAGUAUUGUAAAACGGGCCUUUUAGACACCACAAUAUUGUGUGACCUGAGAGCAGAGAUAGAAUCCUGUAACUUUAUUUUUUUGGUGAUCCUCAACUACCUGUAUGGAGGCACAAAAAGCUGAUUGGUGUUUAUCAAACACUCACAGUUAUUCCGUGUUACUGUAGAUAUACGUCAUAAGAAUUCAGGGCCAAACGUGACCAUUAGAAAUAUGGAGGAUGAGAAAUGUCGAAAUUCUCAGUCCUUGAUUUUCCUCCAUCAUUUUGCACAUUCCACGGCUGUUCACUUUCCACAAGAGGAGGAAACUUCAAGAUGUUUUGCAAGCACAUACUAUUGCACUUACCCUUCUCUUUGGUGCUUUUUGCACACGGCUCAUUCCAAAAUAAAUAAAUGUGUGCUAUAUUGUA